AUGUUGUCGAUCCGCUCAUUAUACUUACGGCUUGCCGUGCUUUCGACCGUUGUACGCGGUGCCUCGAUAGGGGACGAUGAGUGCGGCUGUUACCUCACGAACGGUACCAACUCUGCCUACUACUCACAGCAUAAGUUCUUUGAUUUCCGGGAUCUUGGAAAGUACGCCGGUGUACCAGAUGUUAUCAAGAACGCAUCUGAGACGGGUGACAUCACGAGCGACUACUUUGAGAGCAAGGAUUGGGACGACAGUUGGGGUAUCCAGGACUGGAGCAACCGCAAGAGCGGCGGCGUGAGCCUCUCCGGCGAUGCCUCUGUGCUUAUGGUCAACUCACCCAACAAUAUCUAUAUCGAGAAGAAUGAGGACAACGAUGCGGUAUCGGACACGUUCCUAACUAUGCGGACGGUGCGUCUUAAAGACUUUCAGACCGCCGCAGAGUUCGAGUCUGUGUCGACGUACCACUAUCUCUCACUCCGUAUGCUCGCCCGAGUCACGGGCAGCGCGGGCGCCUGCAUGGCCAUGUUCACAUACCUCGAAGGCGACGAGCUCGCCGAUGUGCAGGAAGCCGACAUUGAGAUCCUCACCCGCGACCCGAAGAACCGGAUCCAGUACACCAACCAGCCGUCCUUCACCGACGACGGCGACGAGGUCCCGAAGGCGACUCGCAACGGCACCCUCCCCGAGGGCCUCAGCUGGGACGACUGGGUGGUACACCGGCUCGACUGGACGCCUUCGCGUUCCGUGUGGUACGUGGCGGGUCAGGAGGUUGCCAGCAUCGAGUUCCAGACGCCCAAGGACCCGGCACAGGUCCUGUUCAACGCGUGGAGUGACGGGGGUUCUUGGAGCGGCAACAUGAGCCUCAAUGGCGCGGCGUACAUGCAGAUCCAGUGGAUCGAGAUGGUGUACAACGGCACUGACAGUGAGGGAUCGGACAAGAGAAGUCUCGAGGGUCGUUCAGGGACAGGACAUGUUGAAAGAAGGGGCAUGUUGGCACCCCGCGAGGACGACGAGAAUGGGUGCAAGGCCGUCUGCAGCAUUGACGAGGUGGGUGAGGCUGGCAAGACCAAGGUGCUAUGGAAGAGUGCAGCGUCUUGUGUGACAGCACCUAUUCCGAGAGGUUGGACAACCGGACUGGUGGUCAUGGGGAUCAUGAUCAUGACGUGGUUUGUGUAA